AUGACGGCGUCUCCCGACUACCUGGUGAUUCUCUUCGUGACCACGGCGGGCACCAAUGGGGCAAGGUUGGGCUCAGACGAGCGAGAGCUGCUCCAGCUCCUGUGGAAAGUGGUCGACUUGAGGAGUAAGGAGCUGGGGCACCUGCAUGACGUGCUGGUCCGGCCUGACCACACAGAACUGACGGCUGAGUGCCAGGAGAUCACCCAAGUGGAUGUGGAGAGCCUGGCACUGGCUCCGCCGCUGGAGCAGGCACUGAGACAGUUUAAUCAGUCCGUGAGCAAUGAGCUGAACAUUGGUGUAGGUACUUCCUUCUGUUUCUGUACUGAUGGACAGCUGCACAUUAGGCAGGUUCUGCACCCUGAAGCUUCCAAAAAGAAUAUUUUACUGCCUGAAUGCUUCUACUCCUUUUUUGACUUGCGGAAAGUGUUCAAGAAGUGUUGCCCAGGCUCACCUGAAGUUAGCAAACUCGAUGUUGCAGCCAUGACAGAAUAUUUAAAUCUUGACAAGAACAGUCCAGCAUUUCCCUAUGGAGCCUCCCAAGUUGAAGAUAUGGGGAAUAUUAUUUUAACAUUAAUAUCUGAACCAUACAAUCACAGAUUUUCAGAUCCAGAAAGGGUGAACUACAAGUUUGAAAGUGGGCCUUGCAGCAAGAUGGAACUUGUGGAUGACAAUGCUGUUAUCCGAGCAAGAGGAUUGCCAUGGCAGUCAUCUGACCAGGACAUAGCAAGAUUCUUCAAAGGUCUAAAUAUUGCCAAAGGAGGUGCUGCACUUUGUCUCAAUGCCCAAGGUAGAAGGAAUGGGGAGGCUCUUGUGAGGUUUGUAAGUGAAGAGCAUAGAGAUCUAGCACUGCAAAGGCACAAGCAUCACAUGGGGAACCGAUACAUAGAGGUGUACAAGGCAACAGGUGAAGACUUCCUUAAAAUUGCAGGAGGUACUUCCAAUGAGGUUGCACAGUUCUUGUCAAAAGAAAACCAAGUGAUUGUCAGGAUGCGAGGUCUUCCUUUCAACGUGACAACAGAAGAAGUGCUGACUUUCUUUGGCCAGCACUGCCCUGUAACAGGAGGAAAGGAGGGGGUCCUGUUUGUCACUUACCCUGACAGCAGACCAACAGGGGAUGCCUUUGUCUUGUUUGCUUGUGAGGAAUAUGCACAAAAUGCACUGAAAAAGCACAAGGAUUUGCUGGGGAAAAGGUACAUUGAACUCUUCCGGAGCACUGCAGCAGAAGUUCAGCAGGUGCUGAACAGGUACUCUUCCACACCUCUCAUUCCUCUCCCAACACCUCCAAUUCUUCCAGUAUUACCUCAACAAUUUGUGCCUUCCACUAACAUCAGAGACUGUAUACGUUUGCGUGGUCUUCCCUAUGCUGCUACUAUAGAGGACAUUCUAGAGUUCCUGGGAGAAUUUUCUACAGAUAUUCGGACUCAUGGAGUUCACAUGGUACUAAAUCACCAGGGACGUCCAUCAGGAGAUGCUUUCAUUCAGAUGAAAUCUGCAGAUCGAGCUUUCCUGGCUGCACAGAAGUGUCACAAGAAGACUAUGAAGGACAGAUAUGUUGAAGUCUUUCAAUGUUCUGCAGAAGAGAUGAACUUUGUAUUAAUGGGGGGCACUUUAAAUCGAAAUGGCUUGUCCCCACCACCAUGCCUUUCACCCCCUGCCUACUCCUUUCCAGCUCCUGCUGCAGUUGUGCCAACAGAAGCUGCUCUGUAUCAGCCCUCCAUGCUUCUGAACCCACGGACACUCCAGCCCUCCACAGCCUACUACCCUGCUGGGGCUCAGCUCUUCAUGAACUACACAGCAUAUUACCCCAGGUAAAGCAGAGGAGAAACCAAACAGCAAUGAAGAAGUAUUUUUUUUCUUUCUUCUUUUUUUUUAUAAUUGCCUUCAGCAAAUGCACAAAGCCCACAAAAGGAUAUUGUCUGCUCUGCUAAGGACUUGUGAUACCAAGAACAACUUGUUCAGCAUCUUGUUCAGGGAAACAAUUUCAGGAUAACUGGAGGUUUUUCAAAUUUUAGAGUAUUGCAGGUAGCAAUGUUUGGGGGCAAGGGGGGUUAGUCAGUGUGUUUAGUUUGUUUUUUUUGUGUGCGUUUUUUUUUUAAUAACCUAGGACAUACAUUUAAGUAGGAUAUUUUUUAUUAUUUUGGUUUCACAUAACAUUCCUCUUAGACUUAUUAGUUUUCUUUGUUAUGCCCUCAGUGGGAAUUGAUGUGUGCAGUACUCCUUCCCUUGUCCAUAAAGAAGACCUUGGCCCCUCUUUGGAAUGAGUGCACUGGGGUCUGCCUCAGCAAUUUCUAAAAUACUGCCUCUGUUUUUGUAACAAAGUAACUUUUGACCUUUAUGAUGAAAACUGUUUACUUCUAUGAAUAAGUAUUACAUUGAAUGCAUAUAUAGAUCAUAUAGAGGCAUAUAUUCUUCCUGUCUUCAUAAACACCUCUCACAAAGGGCUUUUGGUUCUUCUGGCUAUAUUAGCUAUCUGCUACAGAACAAAAUCUCUGGAUACCUGUUGCCUUCUGCAGUCAUGAGGCCUUGGACAGAGCCAUGUUCCCUUUAAGCCAUAAACUAUUUCUUAUCUCUUAGGAAAUCUGUUAAACAACUCAAGUUUUUUAUCUCUUCAUCA